AUGAGUGAACAACAACAAGAAGAAAUAACAAAUAAUAUUGAUGGUAGUAGUGCAGAGCAGCAGGUUGUUGCUCCACUCGAGACUCUCAUAGCUACUGUCGAUGAUACUACCACUACCACCACUAGUAGUACACCGGUUGAUACAACAACAUCAUCAUCAACAACAACAACAACUGUAGAUAAUAAUAAUAAUAACAAUGUAGAGAUUCAAAAAAAUGUAACUGGUGUUGAUCAACCUCAACAUCAAGAACAAGAGAAACAAGAACAACCACAAGCUCAACAACCCGAACAACAACAACAACCUACUGAACCUGUUCAACCAACUGAACCCGAACAAUCUACACCACAAGUUCAACCAACUGCUGAACCUGUUCAACCUACCGAACAACAACAACCUGCACCACAAGUUCAACCAACUCCUGAGCCUGUUCAACCUGUACCACAAGUUCAACCAACUACAGAACCUGUUCAACCUACACAACAAGUUCAACCAACUACUGAACCUGUUCAAACAACGACAACAGCCGAACCAAUUGAAGAAGUAGUAGAUAAACAAAGAAAAACCAAAUGUUCAUUCCAUACAAAUGAUUAUUACAACUCAUUUUGUAAGGAUUGCCAAACACCUAUCUGUCCACAAUGUACAUUAUCACAUAAACAACACAAUAUUCUCCCAACCAUACCAUUUGACGACUUUACCAACAAGUUGGCUGUCUUUUCAACAUUGAAUGUCGAAGCAAGCGACAGAGCACAAGACAAGGCACAUUUACUCGAGUUGAUGGCACAGCUAGAGGAUAACAACAAAUCAUGUAAAUUAUUAAUUCAAGAACGUUUCAAGGAAUUCCAAUUCCUCAUCAAACAAAGAGAAAUGAAUUUGGAAAAAGAGAUUCAAAAGGAAUACGAUGCCACCAAAUUGGAACUUACCAAACGUCUAAAUCUCAUAGACAAGGAUCUAUCUCAAGUUCAAACACAAUGGGAUAAAAGUAAACCUUAUCAACAAUCAACUCCAACUGAAUUAUAUGAAACAAAUUUAUUUGAAGUUUUAGAACAAUAUUCAUUAUCAGAUAAAAAAGUGAGACAUAUUCAAACAUCUGAUUAUAAUUUAUUAAAACCAGUUGAUGUACCGGUAAAGUUUGUUUUGGAUAUUGAUCAAUUGAAAAAGAAAUCAAUUGUUGAUGAAUUGUCUGGUUUGGGAACCAUAUCAACUGUCAAACAAUCUACAUUUAGACCAAUUAAAUUACAGCAUCAUCAACAAGAAGCACAAUCACCAUCGAUUCUACCAUACAAGGAUGAAUCGUCGUCCAAUAAUGCCGACAAGUCAUCAUCGAAAAAAGAUAGAAAGUCAUCAAAGUCGGAUACACUAGACAACAACAACAGUCCAUUGUCAACUGGUAUUGGUAGUCCAAAUUACAAUAGUGGAUCGGCAGCCAAAUACAUCUACUCUAUUGGUGGUUGGAAUGAGAAUGGUACUGAUUUGGGUACAUGUCAUAAAUACAUUGUUGAAAGCAACGAGUGGAAACUAUUGAAAUCGGUAUCAACCGAUGCUCUUCCAUUUGUGUCGUCGUCGUGUGCAUCCGAUGGCAAGUACAUCUAUGUGUUUGGUGGCAACUAUGAGAUCAAUACUUAUCGUCGCUUCAACAUUAACAAGCAGACGUGGGAGAAGCCUGAAAAGAUGAACCGUGGUGGUGGAGGUAUUGCCGCCCAGUUUGAUGGCAAAAAACACAUCUAUAUCUUUGGUGGCAAGGUGUUGGACGACUCCAAACCAUAUCACCAGAUUGUACAGAGAAUCGAGCGUUACAAUGUCUCGACCAAGCAAUUCUCGACGGUUGGAUCCAUGUCCAAGCACAAGUACUCUUGUUUUACCUGUUUUGACGGACGUUACAUCUACCUUGUCGGUGGUCAAGUGGUCAAUGGCCGUGCGUGCAAAGAGAUUGAGCGAUUCGAUACUGUCGAACAAAAGUCGGCCAUCUACGCCAGUCUUGGUGGCGGAGGCAUGGUACAAGGCUGUGCACUCGAUCCACAAGGCGAAUGCAUCUACUAUAUGACCCAAACCACAUUUAAGCGAUUCACCAUCGCCACCAAGUUUAUCCAAACGUUGGCCUUUCCACCACUCACUGAAACAUCGUGUCGUCCAACACUAGUCUUUGACUCCAAGUCCAAGAUCUUCCUCUUUGAUCAAAACGACAACUUUUGUUUUGACCUUGCCACCUCCAAGUGGUCUAAAUUCAACUUUAACAGAAAGUAUUCUCUUUGUGGUCAAGGUUGUGUAGUUUCAAAUUCUUAA